UUUAUUCCACUCUGACGGACGGUUGGCGUGAUUCACGUCCAGGAUUUCCUUCCCUGGAUGUCGCUCGCAAUCCCGGGCACAGCUGCUCGAAACGAAACCCUGCUGGACAAAAUGGGGCUUACGCCCGAGCAAACACGUGUGUGGGGAUCGCACGGUCUCCCCCCUUCGGCACAGAGGACGCGCUGAUCGCAGAUGGCUUCCUUGGGGGAAAGUUUUCCCAACCCCUUUGCCUCCGCGGCUCUGCUCCGGGAGGGAGGGGAGAGGGUGGUCACCCACCCCCGGGGAGGUGGAGAUGAUGUCGACGUGUAAAGCACACGCUCAGACACGCGGCUUCUUGGCCCGCCAGUCCUCCCAUCUCAGCCUUGAAGUCUCCCUGGAAGGGAGGAGGAAAAGGGGGCGGAGGGCCUUCCCGAGGCGUGGCCGAAGAGGCGAGGGGCGGGGACGGUCUGGGGCCCCUUUGUUCGGACGGGCGGGAGAAGAGCAAUUGCAGCCGGGCGGGAGUCUUUGUGAGGUCUGCUGGACGAUCACAUAAUCCUGCUCAGGUUGAAUCAGGAAGGCCCCAUUCUGAAUGCACGUGCGUGCACACUGCCCUGAUACUCCCGCCCAGAACAAAAUUCAUUCCGCACAACGUUGAAAAAAACUAGAGAGAACACUGGUUGUGGUAUGUGUGUGUACGAGGAGGCCUGUGCUGAGCCAAGAUGAGCUGGAGUUUCUUGACGCGCCUCCUUGAGGAGAUCAACCAGCACUCGACCUUUGUGGGAAAGGUGUGGUUGACUGUACUGAUUGUCUUCCGCAUUGUGUUGACUGCUGUGGGGGGCGAGUCCAUCUAUUACGAUGAACAGAGCAAGUUUGUGUGCAAUACAGGGCAGCCAGGCUGUGAGAAUGUCUGCUACGAUGCCUAUGCACCCCUCUCGCAUGUCCGUUACUGGAUUUUCCAGAUCAUUAUGAUAGCCACCCCCUCAGUAAUGUACCUGGGCUUUGCACUGCACAGACUCUCACGCCAGCCCCCUCGAAGAAGCCGAGCACCCGUUGUGCAUCGCGGUGCUGUCCGCGACUAUGAGGAGAAAGAGGACAAUGGUGAGGAAGACCCCAUGAUCUUUGAAGAGACAGAGUCAGAGAAAGAGGUGAAGGACUCCCAGUGCCAGAAACAUGAUGGCCGCAGGCGCAUUAAGAACGAUGGGCUGAUGACAGCAUAUGUGCUGCAGCUGCUGUGCCGUUUGGCAUUUGAGGUGGGCUUUCUGGGGGGCCAGUAUGUAUUGUACCGCUUUGAGGUUAACCCAUCGUACGUGUGCAGCCGCAGCCCCUGCCCCCACACUGUUGACUGCUUUGUUUCCCGUCCCACUGAGAAAACAAUCUUCCUCCUCAUCAUGUAUGCUGUGAGUGCCCUUUGCCUGGUGCUCAAUAUCUGUGAGCUGUUCCACCUGGGCAUUGGUGGGAUCCGGGAUGCAUUCCGUAGCUCUGAUAAGGUUGAUGGCAUUCCACCCAGGCCCCAUUAUGCCCGGAAGGAUCCCAGUGCACCGCCUACCUACCAUUCCCUCAAAAAGGAGUCCUCAAAGAACCAACUUGCCAAGCACAAGCUGGCCUAUGGUGGAGGUAGCUUGGCUGGCGUGGCAGCUGAGCACUAUGCUGUUGCAUCCGGCCUCCCAAGCCAUGAGCUGGAGCGACUGCGCAAGCACCUUAGGAUGGCACAGGAACACCUAGAAAUGGCCUUCCACCUGCAGCCGGAGGACACUGCCAGUGCCUCACGCAGCAGCAGCCCUGAGUCCAAUGGGUUGGCCGCAGAACAGAACCGCCUCAACUUGGCCCAUGAGAAAGAAGGUGCCGCCUGUGAGCGAACUACUGGUCUCUGAAGCACUGGGCCUCACUGGACAGCUGUGCCGAUGACAACAGGAAGUGUCUAUGGAGAAUUGGCAGCAUGAAUGUCUGCUUCUAGCUUGAAAUUUGGAAACGUCCUGACAGAGUGGGUGGAGGGAUGAGGAUGAGCUCUGAUGUUUGUUGGGUUGAGGGCAAGGUGAUGAGCCUCUACAUUCCUGCGCCUGAGGGUGGGAGGCUGUAGUGGGGCACCUUCAGAGCCAACUCCUUCAUAUGUGUAUGUGAGUGUAUGUCUUUUUUUUAAGGGUCUCAAAGGGAAACUUAUUUUUUUACUUUUAUACAUUUUGUAGAGGUACUAUUUUGUCCCUUUUCUAUACCAGCUGUCUCUGGUUUUGUUUAGGAAACUAUCUAGCAGCCUCUUCCCCCAUUUCCUGUUAGUGUUUACUGUAUAUGCGGGGCAGGAGAUUGAAGAACAAGAAGCCCACAACUUUCCUGGUUUAUAUACUUGAGCAGGCACAACCUGGCCUUUGCUUCUUUCUUUGCCUUGUCCCUGAUCCUGGAAUAUGGAGACGAUUGAUGGUUGGGCCAAAGAUAAUUCAGCUACAUUCCCAGAUGCCCGCUCCUAGGCAGCAUCGACCUUCGUGCCCUGUAUGGGUGCCUGUGCUGGGUCCCCCCCGCCAUUGCAAUGGGACCACAGUCACGUUUUGAUCAUCUCAGCGAUUGACAAACCAUGUGUUUGUAUUUUUGUCUUUUUUAAAUAACUUGCUGGAAUAGUUAUGAAGUUGUUUUGCUAUUUUAUAUGUAUAUUUUAUAUAUAUAUUUGGUAUAAAAAAAAAUCAGGAGAUUGUUUUAUAGGAA